GUCUACCCGCCCUCUCUCCCCUCAUUUUUGCAUCUUAGAGGGAGACUGGAUUGAAGCGGCGUUGGAUCUGAAUCUGCGGCGACUGGAUCACUUUUGGUUGUAGAUUGAUUUUCUUCCCCGAUCUUUUUCUUCUGCUUGUAAGGUCGAAUUGAAAGAGCCAGAGCGCGAAAAUGGUGGAGAAAACGACAGGGAGGAAAGAAGAGGUGGUUACCAGAGAGUACACCAUCAACCUCCACAAGCGUCUCCAUGGAUGCACAUUCAAGAAGAAGGCUCCAAAGGCCAUAAAAGAGAUCCGGAAGUUUGCCCAGAAAGCCAUGGGAACCAAUGAUGUGAGAGUUGAUGUGAAGCUGAACAAGCAAAUAUGGAGCAGGGGGAUUCGAAGCGUGCCGAGGAGGAUCAGGGUUCGCAUUGCUCGCAAGAGGAACGAGGACGAGGAUGCCAAGGAGGAGCUUUACUCUCUAGUCACCGUUGCCGAGAUCCCACCAGAAGGGCUGAAGGGAUUGGGCACCAAGAUCAUUGAAGACGAUGAUUGAGUUAUCUUUGUUUCCUAGCUUAGUAAAAUCUUGCCGUGGUCUGGAUUAAAAGACUUAAUGAGAGUUUUGUUCAACAUUUUUGGGGCGUUGUUAAAUUGGUUCGUGAAUCGUGAUCACAGGUGGUGAAAACCUUUUACCAUAUUAUUGUUGGUUUGUUGCUUCUCUCCUGAGUGUGAAACUUUAGUCGCACCGUCCACAUCUUCCUC